AGACUGCUCCAGCAGGGCCGGGAGUGCGGGCGCCCGCGUAGCCUCAGCUUCAUGCCCCGGCCUCAGCCUCAGCCUCACUCAGCCCCAGCCCCGGCUCCGCCGCGCUCGGUGCUCCUCCGUGUUCUGCGAUCCAUGCUCCUUGCUCCUCCGCGCUGCGCCCCGCUGGGCGCGGAGACCUCGGCGCAUCCCCAGCCGCUGAUGGGUUAAAUGUUCCCCGACGCCCACGCAACCACUUAGGGGGAAAGAUGUGGGGUGCGAUGAAGAACAUAGAGGGAACAAGCAAGGAGUCAGCCCCAGAGACACCCUCAAUGAGGGAAUGGCAGCCGGGACCAACGGUGGCAGCCCAGUGCCCUGAAUCUUGACCAGAUGGAGGCCUUCCAGCGGGAGUCCCCAGAAGGUGGCACACAGCUUGGUCGCCCGUUGGAGCUGGAGGAGAGGCCAGCAUCAGAGCCCACAGUGAACUAACCAGGCUCAACGGACCAAAGGGGGCUUAGAAGGGGCCAAAGUGAUCUGCAGCUGCUGGGCUCCCUCCCCUAGUCCUUUUCACCGGAGUUCUUCUUUAGCCACACUCCGGGAUGAGGACCGAGAUGCGGGAAAAGGAAACCGAAUCCUGUAGGUCCCCUUUCUUGGCCCCAGGCAGCUCACGUUGACCUCGGGACUCCAGAACCUCUGUCCUCAUUUCCCUGGCCUCAGCCAGCCUGGGCUUGCUUUCUGGCUACAGUGUCUCCUCCGCGGAGGGACCAGAGUACCACGCCCUCCUCGGAGUUGCAUUCUUAAGGUGUCCUGGGAAGCCACGCCCUCCACGCCCCUUCCCAGCCAUCAGCCCAGGCAGCCCCGAGCCAGUCCGGAAUGGUCCUGCUAUGGCCAAGCUCUGGUUCAAGUUCCAGCGGUGUUUCCGGUAUUUCCGCAGGAAGCCCGUGCGCUUCUUUACCCUGCUGGCUCUCUACCUGACCGCUGGGAGCCUCGUCUUCCUGCACUCGGGCUUCGUGGGCCAGCCCGCUGUGCCCCAGAGCCAGGCGAGCCCUGCCGCGGGGAGCCCAGCCGAAGGAGCCGAGCUGCCCUUCCUGGGCGACUUGCACCUGGGCAGAGGCUUCCGGGACACGGGGGAGGCCUCCAGCAUCUCACGCAGAUACGGACCCUCAUUCAAGAGCAAGGAGCCCAGCGAGAGAGCCAAGCUGGGUGACUACGGGGGAGCCUGGAGCCGAGCCCUCAAGGGGAGGGUUGUCCGGGAGAAGGAGAAGGAAAAGGAAGAGGAGAGAGCCAAGUACAUCGGCUGCUACCUGGACGACACCCAGAGCCGGGCCCUGCGAGGAGUGUCCUUCUUCGACUACAAGAAGAUGACCGUCUUCCGUUGCCAGGACAACUGUGCUGAACGGGGUUACCUGUACGCUGGGCUGGAGUUCGGCGCUGAGUGCUACUGUGGCCACAAGAUCCAGGCGGCCAACGUGAGCGACUCGGAGUGUGACAUGGACUGCAAGGGAGAGCGGGGCAGCGUGUGUGGCGGGGUCAACCGCCUCUCAGUCUACCGGCUUCAACUGGCCCAGGAGUCUGCCCGCAGGUAUGGAAGUGCGGUGUUCAGGGGCUGCUUCCGCCGACCCAACAACCUCUCCCUGGCCUUGCCUGUGACGGCAGCCAUGCCAAACAUGUCCGUGGACAAGUGUGUGGACCUCUGCACAGAGAAGGAGUACCCCCUGGCAGCUCUUGCUGGCACCGCCUGCCACUGUGGCUUUCCCACCACACGGUUCCCUCUUCAUGACCGGGAGGAUGAGCAACUCUGUGCGCAGAAGUGCAGUGCCGAGGAGUUUGAGAGCUGUGGGACCCCCAGCUACUUCAUUGUGUACCAGACACAGGUUCAAGACAAUCGCUGCAUGGACAGAAGGUUCCUCCCAGCCAAGUCUAAGAAACUCAUCGCGCUCGCCAGCUUCCCAGGCGCCGGCAACACGUGGGCUCGCCAUCUCAUCGAACUGGCCACCGGCUUCUACACCGGCAGCUACUACUUUGAUGGCUCUCUAUAUAACAAAGGGUUCAAAGGUGAGCGAGACCACUGGCGAAGCGGUCGGACCAUCUGCAUCAAGACCCACGAGAGUGGCCAGAAGGAGAUCGAGGCCUUCGACGCAGCCAUCCUGCUCAUCCGCAACCCCUACAAGGCCCUCAUGGCUGAGUUCAACCGCAAGUAUGGAGGCCACAUCGGCUUCGCUGCCCAUGCCCACUGGAAAGGCAAAGAGUGGCCCGAGUUCGUCAGGAACUAUGCCCCGUGGUGGGCCACACACACGCUGGACUGGCUCAAGUUCGGCAAGACGGUACUGGUGGUGCACUUCGAGGAUCUGAAGCAGGACCUCUUUGCGCAGCUGGGCCGAAUGGUCAGCCUGCUGGGCGUGGCGGUCAGGGAAGACCGGCUGCUGUGCGUGGAGAGCCAGAAGGAUGGCAACUUCAAGCGCUCGGGGCUCCGCAAGCUAGAGUACGACCCUUACACCGCCGAGAUGCGCAGGACCAUCGCUGCCUACAUCAGGAUGGUGGACACAGCCCUGCGCAGUCGCAACCUCACCGGGGUGCCCGAUGCCUACAGCCCAAGAUGAUGGGUGGCCAGGGAGGGUCCCAGCUCCCCACUUGGCUCCAAGAGCUGGCUUCCCUCUGCCAUGAUGACAACCCCAGGCUUCUGCCUGCCUUCAGAGAGACCCCCUCCGAGGCCUGGGGAGGAGACAUCCAGGCACCUUCCCCUGGCUGCCUGUUUGGGGAGUCCCUGUCCCUGCUGUUGGGGUGGGGGGGAAGGAGAUGAUUAUCAUGGAGACGGCAGUGGUUGGGAGGUUCUGGAGAUGACAGCUGAUGAAAAGUUAUAAGCAGUGACCCUGCAGCUGACUGUGUGGGCCCCUGUCUCUUCCCCUGAGCGAGCACUGGCUUUAUGAUCUCUCUCAGGCCAUCUGUAUGUGACAGGCAGAUGUCUGGGACCUGUCUCCAUGGCCUUAGAUCUCUGGCUUCUGUUGUGGGGGAACUGGUGGCCCGGCACCACCGUGGGAGCUGUCCCCCAGGCUAAAUCACAUAUGAGAUCCAAGCUGGGUGCUGUUCCACUUCGAGGGCUGGAACUCUGUCCUUUCUGCCCACGCUGUGUCUUGGAGGGCGGGGUGACUUUGGGGGUUUUGACCCUUCUUCCAAAAUCCCUUAGGUACCAAACAUCAACCCAAAGGUUGGUCAUGUACCACAUACAGAGCUCCCAACGACCCAUCUUUUCAGGGUGGGGUCCAACAUGUCUAUCUUACACUGCCCUCCUGAACCCUUAACCAGGGAGUCCUUUACUACCCAGGGGAGGGAACAGACUGCUCCAGCUCAGAGGGAGCCACACUCAAAACAGUCCCCCUACGCACAAGACAUCAGCCUCCCUUCCCUCGCUUACAGCCCAACAGGGCCAGUCCGUCCAUCCCGUCCCCCCCGCCCCGCGGGGACUCCUUAGAAACGGGGUAAUGAAUGGCUGUCCAUUCCCACUGCGCCACUGCUCUCUCGAUGCCGAGACACCAAACCAAAGGAUUUCUGACUUGAGUCACUGAUCAUGUUUUCCAAAGCAUGCAUCCAGGAUCCCGUCUCCCCACCUCGGAUCCCCGUGGCUUCCCCUCCAGCCCACACUUUCACCAUUCCCACUGCAUAGACACAAAAGCCAUAGUCACAGCCCCCUUGCUCUUCUGUCUGGAGCAGCCUCCACCCCCCCACCCCCCACCCCCGAAGCCUUGGGGGGGGGGCAAAUGAACACUGGUUCCCACCGAGCCAAGGAACCCCGGAGAAGGGUCACGCAAAGAGAUAUAUUUUUUUAAGAGGAAUAUGACCAAGACAUUCUGCCCCUUGGACACUGGCCACGCAAAAAGAAGGGCCAGAGACUGUCCCUGAUUCCCUUCUCCGAUGCCCUCGUCUGAAGGGUUUGGACCACCCCAGGGCUCAGCCAGGGGGCUCUGAAUGUAUUUUGUAUGGUGUUUCUUCCCCUCCUCCCAGGCUAAUUUAUAGUUUUCUUUCAGCGGGGAGUAGAUGGCCGGGUCUCCCCUCCUGUUUGGAGGUCAGUUCUCUCUGGGUCCAGAACUCGGGCCAGUUCCUUGCUAGUGGCCACCUCUGGUCACGAACUUUCUGUUCGAAGAUUCCUCAGGUUGACACUGUCAUUAAAAAGAGUUUUGUUGCUAAUUCUA